CCGUGGUCGCCCAGAGCGCGCAAGUCCAAACGUUUCGCCUGUCAAAUCCCUAUUCCCAUUCCCAAUCCCCACCCUUUCUGUUGGACCGAGUAGAGUUCGGACUCCUCCUUCCUCCCUCCUCCACUACUACUACCGUAACCAUAGUUAUCCAGACUAUCGCUCUUUGCACCUGCUCUUUACUCCGUAUCCUUGGAAGCUGACUGCCUGGCAAGGACUGGUCACAAUCGCGCAUUUCACUUCGAGCAAGCACCAUCAGCCUCGACUUCAGCCUCAGUACAACCACCUUGAUAUGGCGCUCCGCAAAUAGCCAUCCCAGUCCGAUUCGUCCUCAUCCACUUCCCAGACCUCCAAUUCUCUGCCUUCGCCCCAUUGUCCUUCUCAGCAAGGCCUCACCUCUACAGGAUCCUUACGAGACUGCGUUGAAACUGCGGAUCCAUUGAGUUGGCAACCCGCAGCAUUAUGGCUACCGAACGACGUAAUUUUUCGAGCCUGUCCUUCUCCUCCAAGAAACAUCUCCAUGCCUCCGACACGGGCACACAUACUCCUACCUCCACAAAACUCAAGAAUUUCUUUCGCAUCAACAGCGGCGGAAGUCAGACAUCCAUAGGCUCGGACGGCCUUCCGACUCCCAAGACCGAGACCAAGCCCGUCAAGCAGUCGAGGUUCCUGCCGGGCCUCGCCAGGAAUCGUUCAACGACCGUCGCUAGUGAAGGCCAUCCUCUUGACGAUACCUCCCUCUCCCCCACAGCACAAGCCAAUCCAUACUUUGUCCACCAGGGCCCGCCCGCUCUGCGGCAUCACAAUGAAGGGAGCGUCCCUCCAUCUCCCCCAGACACUCCCAAAGUCCAGGUCAAUGGCGCCGCAGCAGAAGAGAAAGCAGUCACAGCGGGUAAGGAAGAAUUGGCGCGCAAAUUGCGAAGGGUCGCAUCCGCACCAAAUGCGCAGGGCCUCUUCACUGUCAGCAAGAACAAUGCAGAAAGACCGCAGACCGCCGAAUUGGGAAAGGAGCCAUUGGCCGUGCUUUCGGGCUCGACACCGAAAUUGAGCAUGCUUGCUCACGCAGACGGCAGUCCGACAAGUUCGUCAAUGCCUGGGGCCAAAAUACCACUUCCUGGCCAAAUCCGUCAAUCUGUCGCUUUUAGGAGAACGUACAGCUCGAACUCGAUCAAGGUGCGUAAUGUGGAAGUGGGCCCCGGCAGCUUCGACAAGAUCAAGUUGAUCGGCAAGGGCGACGUGGGCAAGGUAUAUCUGGUGCGCGAGAAGAAAUCCAAUCGUCUUUACGCCAUGAAAGUAUUGAGUAAGAAGGAAAUGAUCAAGCGCAACAAGAUCAAAAGAGCUCUUGCAGAGCAAGAGAUUCUAGCAACGAGCAACCAUCCAUUCAUUGUCACAUUGUAUCAUUCUUUCCAGUCAGAAGAACAUCUGUAUCUCUGUAUGGAAUAUUGCAGCGGCGGUGAGUUCUUCAGGGCUCUGCAGACCCGACCCAACAAAUGUAUUGGCGAAGAAGACGCACGCUUCUACGCGGCAGAGGUCACAGCCGCGCUCGAGUACCUACAUUUGAUGGGUUUCAUCUAUCGGGAUCUGAAGCCUGAAAAUAUUCUUCUGCACCAAUCCGGACACAUCAUGCUGUCAGACUUUGAUCUGUCCAAGCAAUCCGAUUCUGGCGGAGCUCCGACUAUGAUCCUAGGCACGCGCAAUGCCUCCAACCCAACCGGAUAUCCUCUCGUCGACACCAAGUCGUGCAUUGCGGACUUCCGAACCAAUUCUUUUGUUGGCACGGAAGAGUAUAUCGCUCCUGAAGUUAUCAAGGGCAACGGACAUACCAGCGCAGUUGACUGGUGGACGCUAGGUAUUCUCAUAUACGAGAUGCUUUUCGGAACCACGCCAUUCAAGGGUAAGAACCGCAACGCAACAUUUGCAAAUAUCCUUCGUGAUGAGGUGCCGUUUCCGGACCAUGGGCACGUGACGCAGGUCAGCAAUCUGUGUAAAUCAGUAAUCCGCAAACUCUUGAUCAAAGACGAAGUCAAAAGACUGGGAUCCCGCGCAGGCGCAUCGGAUGUGAAGAAUCAUCCUUUCUUCAGACCUAUUACGUGGGCACUUCUGCGCCACAUGAAGCCUCCUAUGAUUCCUCACCAAGGGCGAGCAACUGACACUCUGAACUUCCGCACAGUCAAGGACAGUGGCAGCGUCGAUAUUGGAGGACCAGCUAGCCGUCUCAAGGGCGUUCCUCUUGACUCGGGCAUGGCCACCCCUGGUGCGGAGAUUGCCGACCCAUUCCUCGAGUUUAACAGCGUUACGUUGCACCACGAUGAUGAAGAUAUGAUUAUGAUGCACGAUGGUGGGCAAGUCAAUGGACGUUGAUCCUGCAAUGGAGACCAGGUGUCUUUCUCGUACUGGCGUUCUGGGUGCUCGAGGGACAAAACAGCAAGGAAUGGUGGGAAAGCGGCUUCUUUGUCUUGAAGAUGACAAAAUAAGUACGGCUUAACAGAUCAUGGAGCAUAUUUGGGCGUUCCCGACAUUGCAAAAGGCGCAUGUACAGAUAUACAGCGGACCAAAGAGGGCGAGGUCGGGGUUUAUAUGAGUAUGGCCUUAUCGGAAGCUUUUCCCUAUUUUUUCAAACCCCGGGCAUUAUUGAAUGAUGAAUUUUGCCAGCAAA